UUUGUCUUAGCUUUUUAAAGUUGAAGUCAAGAGCUUGUUUAGAGUGAUGGUAUAACAAUCUCAACUUUGUACUUAAUUUUUAGGCGCCAAGCAUGUCGUGGAUACACAUUACCGAAUCCUCACUGUUGCAUUAGCCAGUUCGACUAAUUUGUAAAGAAUGAACCGUUUCUGCAAACUCCAAUCUCUAUGCUUUAACUGCAACAAGAAGAAAAAUCUCGUGUUCUUUCAACUCUCAAAAUCUCAGCUUUUCUGUAAUUCAACACACUCUUUUAAAACCAAAGAAAUCAGCAAUAAAAAAGGAACCGUUGACCUCUCCUUGCUUUUUCAUGAAAUUACUGACAUCAUUGGCCCAGGAACUGUCGAUUUGUCUACAAAUGAACCAGGGUUUCCAUUAUUCGAUUUUGAUAAAAAGUACGAGGCCAAAGAAGAAUCUUGCCCACCAGAUGUUUGUGAAAAUGUCCAAGAGAGUAUGUCUGUGAAUGACCGGAUCGAAAAACUGAGUGAAAGUGAAGUUGGUUCGAUUGUAGAAAAGGUUUUAGAGAUUGUUAUCGAAAAAAACGAUGUUGUUUCGAUGGAGGAGCGGCUAGAAAAAGAAGGGCUAAUGUUUAAUGACGAGAUAGUUGAGGGAGUGCUGAAGAGGUGUUCGAGAGUCCCACGGUUGGCAUUCGGGUUUUUUAACUGGGUAAAGUUGAAAACUGGGUUUGAUCAUACGACUGAAACAUACAAUACAAUGAUAAAUAUAGCUGGGGGAUCGAAGGAGUUUGGCUUGGUUGAAGAGUUGGUGGAAGAGAUGGGAAAGAGUUCUUGCGAAAUGGAUAUUAGGACUUGGACUAUCCUCAUUUCUCAUUACGGAAAGGCAAAGAUGGUUGGAAAAGCCUUGUUGAUGUACGAGAAAAUGAGAGUAUCUGGUGUUGAGCCUGAUGUGGUCGCUUACAAACUGAUGUUGCGUGCACUUUGUAAUGCUGGAAAGGCUGAUAUUGCUAUGGAAUUCUACAAGGAAAUGACAAGCAAGGAGAUCGAAGCAGAUACCGAUUUGUUUAAGUUAUUAUUGAAGUGCGUUGCAGGAACUGGAGUUAAAGCUGAUGUUGACUUGGUUAUAGAUGACAUGAUGAGGGUUUGUCAGAUUCCGGAGAUCCAUGCUUGUACUAUUGUGCUUAAGGCUUUUUGCAUUUCUGGAAAAAUUAGAGAAGCUUUGGAAUAUAUUCGUGAGCUAAAGAAUAGAGACAUAGCACUUGACGAGGAAAUUUUUGAGAUCUUGCUGCAAGGAUUGUUUACGGCAGACAAAUUUACUGAUGCUUUGGAAGUUGUUGACAUAAUGAAGAAAACGGAUGUCGUCACCGAGAGGAUUUAUGGAAUUAUCAUACAUGCAUACUUGAGGAAAAAUGACGUGUCUAAAGCUUUGGAAAUUUUUUAUAGCAUCAAGGAUUCUGGAUAUUUACCUACCAUCAAGACUUAUACUAGUCUGAUGCAACACCUGUUCAAAUUAAAUGAUUUUCAAAAGGCCUCUGAACUAUACAUUGAAAUGCUGGAAAGAGGACUUGAGUUGGACUGUUUGGCAGUGAUGUCAAUGGUUACAGGUCUUGUUCGGCAAGAGCGCAUCUCUGAAGCAUGGAAUGUAUUCAAGAGUAUGGAGGAGAAAGGAAUGAUAAUUACUCCUGGACUCUAUACAAUAUAUAUUAAGGAGCUCUGUAAAGUUUCUAUGACGGAUGAGAUUAUCAAGGUUUUAGAGGAGAUGAAAACUAAAAAGGUACGUAUAAGAGAUAAUACAUACAAAGGGAUACUUACUUAUUUGGAGAAGAGAAGAGAAAGGGAUAGGAUCGAAGAAGUCAAACGAAUGCAAAUGAGUAGCAAAUUCUACAUUCAAGAAGCUGAGGAAUAUGCUACAGAUUUUUCUAGCAGAGUGCAACUCAAUGAUGUGAUAAACUCCACCCAGAUAGAGCAACAUACUUUGGUUUCACAGGUUUUAGAGCCACCUCCAAGUUCUUUUAGUGAUAACAGUCUGCAAGAAGUUUGUCAAAUAUUAUCUUCCUCGAAAGAUUGGAUCUUGAAACAGGAGGAUUUAGAAAACUUGACUAUAAACUUUACACCAGGAUUAGUUGCAGAGAUUUUGAGAAACUGCUGCCUGCAUAGCGGUGCUGCACUACGUUUUUUCUCGUGGGUUGAAAAGCAACCUGGUUACAAUCACACUACAGAAACCUACAAUAUGGCCAUCAAAGUAUCAGGUCGUGCAAAGGACUUCAAACAUAUGAGAUUCCUUGCUGAUGAAAUGAGAAGAAAGGGAUACUUCAUAACACAAGAUACAUGGACAAUUAUGAUACUGCAAUAUGGUCGAAUAGGUCUGACAGACAUUGCUUUGAGGAAUUUUAAAGAGAUGAAAGCUAGUGGUUCCAGUCCAACACGUAGUACCUACAAAUCAUUGAUAAUCUCUCUUUGUGGGAUAAAAGGUAGGAAGGUGGACGAAGCCAUUUACAUAUUCAAAGAGAUGCUCAAAGCGGGACAUGUUCCUGAUAAAGAAUUAGUCGAAGUUUAUCUUUGUUGUAUAUGUGAAGCUGGUCAAUUGCAAAAUGCCAGAAAAUGUGUGGACUCUCUCUGUAAACUUGGUUUCUCCAUUCCACUAGCUUUUUCCUUUUACAUCCGGGCUCUUUCUCGAGCUGGGAGAUUACAAGAGGCUCUCGAAAUAUUAGAUGAGGUUGGUCGAGAACAUCAUACCUUAUACCAGUAUACUUAUGGCAGCCUUGUUCAUGGUUUGCUGCGGAAGGGACGACUAGAGGAUGCACUGUCUAAGAUAGAGUUAAUGAAGAAAAUUGGAAUUCAUCCUACUGUACAUGUUUACACCUCUCUAAUAGUCUACUUCUUCAGGGAGAAACAGGUAGAGAAAGCUCUUCAAAUGGUACAGCAAAUGAAUGAUGAAGGGUGUGAACCUACCGUUGUUACUCAUUCGGCAUUAAUACGUGGCUAUAUGACCGUAGGGAAAGUAGCUGAGGCCUGGAGUAUCUUUCGUCGGAUGAAACUGAAAGGACCACAGCCCGACUUCCAUACCUUUUCAAUGUUCAUUACUUGUCUGUGUAAAGCUGGAAAGUCUGAAGAAGCUCUGCAACUUCUUACUGAUAUGGUGGCCAGUGGGAUUGUUCCCAGUACAGUUAAUUUUCGAACAGUAAAUUUUGGGUUGAAUAGAGAAGGUAAGCAGGAUUUGGCGCGGACUGUAUUACAUAUGAAAUCAAAUGUUACAAGUAAAAGAAAGUUUGUAACAUAUGAUUAGUAAAUUUUGUGCCUAAAGAAAAAGUGGCUGAAUACCCUUUUUUUUAAUUU